AUGGACGCAGAAGAGCUGAUUGAAUCCAUCAUCAGAGCGUUCAUGUUUCUGGCAGGAAUUCUGGGAAACAACUGGUUGGCGAUACGCUCCCUGCCCGGGAAGAAAUCUGGCAUCCGCACCAACGAGGUGCUUUUGAUCAACCUGGCCGUUUCCAACCUGAUCACCAACUACCUGGUGGACCUGCCCGACACCAUAGCAGAUUUCAGUGGACGUUGGUUCCUGGGGGAAACUUUCUGUCAUGUGUUUAGUUUCUGUGCCAAUCUCUCUGAAACCAGCAGCAUCUACACAACCUUCUUCAUCAGCGUUUUCUGGCACCAGAAGCUCGUCGGCUCCCUGAAACGUGGCGGUGCACCGGUGGUCUUGGACAGCCUGUGUUUGGUGGGCUGUCUGAUGGCUGGGAGCUGGACGGUGGCCGUGGUCUUCAGCAUCCCACACUUUAUCUUUGUCUCAGUCGAGAGCACAAACGACAGCCACGAAGACUGCGUAGAUGUUUUCCCUAACGCAAAUGCCGCGCAAAUCUAUGACAUCUUCUAUCUAACCCUGGCUAAUGCUCUCCCUCUUGCUGGGAUUGUAUGUACCUGUGUGCAGAUUGUCGUCACUCUGCUCCAAAGCCAGCGACGCAUACAGAGUCGUAGAUCUGACGCUACUAAGGAGAUGGUUAAGGAUGAAAGCAAGAGGAUUGAAAACAGAAAUGACGACAGAUCAGUCAGCACGGUUUCUGGUCCGGGCACCACAGAAGAUCCCAAAGAUUCUGCUUCUUCCUGUCCGAAUGGAGUUGGACCUCCACCAAAUCUUUCAAGGCCCAGCCAGAUGCCAGCUAAGCCCAGUCCUAGCACGAGCACUCAGGUGAGGGCAGCCAAGAGUGUGGUGGCUGUAGCCAGCGUGUUCCUGGUCUGCUGGCUGACUCAUCUGCUUCUCCGCAUCACCAACAACUUCCACUCCUCGUCAAUGGUGGUGGAGGUGGCCAGCUACAUUGCAGCCUCCUACACCUGCAUCAUCCCCUAUAUAUUCCUGUACGGAGUGAAAAAGCUUUCCUGCUCAUGCAAAAGGUAG